AUGGUUCGCUACCUGUCCAGUAAUGGUACUGGCAGUAGUAGUGGUGGUACCGAUUAUGAUUAUGGUACUGGCAGCGGCAGCGGCAGUGCUGAUACCAACUAUGAUUAUGGUACUGGUACCGGCAGUGGCAGCGGCAGUGGAAGUGGAAGUGGAGGUAGCGGCGGUCCCUUAUUUCCACGACAAACUCCCUAUUUUCACAAUCAACGACAUGUGUACCAUACAAUGUCUUCAAUGGCUAAAGAAGUAAAGCGUUUACCCAUUGAAGACAUUGAACAGAUAAAGAUUCGUGGACCACUAGCACAUCAAACUGAGACCGGCCAAGUUUACAAGGCUAUCCUCGGUCUCAAUACAUAUGCUGUGAAAUUAUUCGAGCCCUAUAGCGCAAAAUGUAAACGUUUAGAUCGCCAUCGCCUCCAGUCAUAUAACCUCUCAGAUGCUGAACUAGAAGCACGCUUCCAUCCGUGGAGACGAGAGAGACGCGUUUAUGAGCACAUCGAUAAACACAUUUCGUACCCAACGCGACAAUUCUUUCCUAUAUAUUACGGAGCGACAAUGUUAAGUUGGAAGUUAUGUCCCCGUGAAUGGCGUACUUUCCACAACAACAGAGAGGAUGUUCCUAUCAUUAUUCUUGAACUUCUCGAUGGGAUAGAGGUACAUAAUGCCCAGGGCGAUGUACGGAUCAGUAAUUCAACGCGUCAAUAUGCACAAGAGCUGUAUAAGAAUGGACUGGACGCCGAGUAUGUUCACAUCUAUAUUCAUUGCAUGGAAAAGAUGGAAGUAUUACAUGGUGCAAGGGUCAUUCACGGAGACAUCAAGCCUGACGUUUUUAUGAACUGUGCGUCGGUCAUAUGUGACUUUAGUAGGUCAUGGUCGUGGGAUGAGGGUAAAGAAGAGCCAUGCCUUGAUGCGUUUAGUCCACACCGAGGUCCAAAGAGCUUUGAGGAUCGCAGAAAAGGAGAACAAGACUCUCUGCGGACUAUGGUGAUAAGAGAGCAUGAUGGGCCUGGGACUGAACUCCGUGGUCGUGUCCCGUCCCUCCGUCAUCGCCCACUUCAAAGGAAACAGUUGCCGCAUUCAACAUUUGUAGGUAUUCUUCUGGAAUCAGCACAGAAGCUAAUCCAAAGGACGCAGUUCAACUAGCAGUCGAUACUAAGGCAGUGAAGAUAGAGAUACUGUGUUUGACGCAAAAUCAACAGCCGAUAUUCACAGGGUGCUAACAAUAUUGUGGUGGGUUACAUACACGAUAGGAGUCGCGCAUGCGACAAUUACAAACAAAGCGAAUGGGUAGGUUCCUCGCCAGGCCACUCGAGCGCGUCCUGUAGAUAUUGCUCAAGCUCGUCUGUAAUGGUUUCCCGAAUCAUCAGCUCUUCGAAAUUGGCCUUGCGAUACUUAUCGUAAUUGGUAAGCUUCUUCUUAGGAUACUAUGUUGUAACAGAUAGUGUUGGCAUUAAAGAAGCCGCUACAGCUAGGACUGAAUCCUCUAGCUUAUACCUACUCUUCCAUAAAGCGUCGACCUUCUGCAUACCAUCUUCGACCUCUUUGGGCGUCUACUUAC